AUGGCUCCCAGAUUCAAGGAUGGAGAUGCCGUGGUUGCUAUCAACGGCAAAUGGGUUACUUGGACUCACACGGUCUUCGCAUACGCUGCCUUCUUCAGCGCCCUUAUAGUCGGUGUUGCUUUGCAUUAUCAGAAGAUCGUGCAAAAUGAACACUACGGUUACCCCGACGAAUGGUUUCCCUCCGUAUCCGCGACAAUUGGCGAUCGAUACCCCGAGCGUUCUUUCUUCCAAGUCUUCAUUGCAAUCACCUCCGGUCCCCGCUUCCUUCUCGUCUUCCUGUGGUAUAUCAUCACCGCUCGUCCCAAUUCGUCUCUCCCGAAGAUCGUGGCCGGUGUGGGUGUCUUCCGAACCCUGACUUGCGGUGGAUGGACCUAUGUCACCUCAACUGAUGAUCACGAUUGGCACGAUAUCUUUAUGAUCUCUUAUUUGGUCGCCACUUUGCCGUGGACACUGGGCUGCCUUGCUUUGAGCCCCAACAACCGCCAAGCUGUCAAGUACCGUAAGAUCAUGGCCAGUUUGUUCUUUGGAACUCUGGUGCCAUUGAUCUACUAUUUCAUUCAGCACAAAGUCCACAAGGUUCCCGGUGCCUACACCCGGUACGCCUUCUUUGAGUGGUCUCUGAUCUUGUUCGACGUUGGAUUCGAUGCCAUUACGGUACUUGAUUUCGAGGGCCUUGAAUUGGUUAUCCGCGAUGUGAAGGGAGUUAGCAGAGGGCAGUUGAAGACGACUGCGGACUCGGUCCUUGAAAAAGGGAAGGGUAAGCCUGUGAGCAACACCUUUGGCGAGGGUUUCUUCUGGACUGAAAUCCUGGAUGCCGCGGCCGAUGUUUACAACGGCUUCGUUUUCUGGACUAUUGUGACUGGCCUGCCCGUUCUUGUGUGGUACUUCCCUCUGUGGCACAUGGGUAUCUCUGGCUAUGAGGUUGCCAUUGUCGCUUGCAUUUCUCCUCUGCUCUUCGCCAUCCCGUCCUUGAGAUCUGCUGCCACCAAGAACUUGCGCCUGCUUCACCUCCUGUCACUUACGGCCCUCGUGGCCUACAAAUUCCAGGACCCUGCCAACCGACUGUUCGUCACCGCUUUUGCUCUGUCGACCACAUGUGCCGCUUGGGUUGCUAGCUUCUUCGCCGAGCGUGGAAAUACCGCUCGUCUCGAGUCUCGCAUCAUGGCAUGGGGCAUUGGUUUGAUCAUGUCAACUGUUGCCAAGUUUGCCUGCACGACAAACAACCCACUUUGGCCUGUCAUGCACAGCGAGAACGGCGGUUGGAACAAGAUUGGCCUCUUCAUUGCCAUCUUUGCUGUCUUACGCUCCCAGAGGGGCUCCAUCACCAGUGGAAGUGAUUAUCUGCCCGCUAGCGGCAAGAAGGGCUCAUCUCUUCUGGCCGGUGUUGGUUUCGGAGGUCUUCUCUUCGCCAUUGUCUCGCUUCUGACCGACUCAAGCACUAUGAUUUCAUGGGUAUGGGAUGGAUAUCCCGUCCGUGGACCCAUUGCUGUGCCUCACGGUGCUGUGACCAUCUUCGCCAUGGGUGCUGGUCUUGUUUAUGGUAUCUUCAACCCCGCAAUCGCCGGCAGCUGGACCGCUUACGGCAUCGGCUCCGUCGGUGCUGCUCUUUUGACCUACUAUCACCACUGGACUGGAUACUACGGUGCUCUUAUCCUUGCUUUCUACAUUAUGGCUGUCGCCCCUGUCAUGAUCAAAUCUGGCGUUCGUCACUCCCCGGCGAGCACCUUUGGUCUUGGAUUUGUCCUGUACAUCUUCCUGUUGCUCUUCCAUGUCUGGGUUGUUGCCUAUGCCUUCGUCCCUGGUGGUCCGCUCGUGCGCGAACGCACUGAUUGGGUCAUGAUUACCACCAUGCUCGCCAUUGGUGCCGGUAUUUUCUCUGCUGCCACUUCGAACUCUGGUCGCUCUCGUGCCCACAAACCCGUCAGCCCCAACAGCAAGAGACAGCGAUCUUACUACAUCUACGUCCUCGCCGCGUUGCAGCUUCUCUCGGUGUCUGUGGCUUACCUGCGUUUCCCCACUAACGACUACAAGCCCCACCACCCUGAGGAGAAGAUUGUGACUGCUGGUAUCUGGACCGUUCACUUCGGUCUGGAUAACGACAUGUGGGCAUCAGAGCGUCGUAUGCGUGAUGUUCUUGGCGAACUCGAGCUGGAUGUCGUUGGUUUCUUGGAAUCAGACAACCAACGCAUCAUUAUGGGUAACAAGGAUGUCACCCAAUACAUUGCCGAGGAUCUUGGUUACUACACCGAUUUCGGCCCAGGACCUAACAAGCACACAUGGGGUUCUGCUCUUCUUUCCAAGUUCCCCAUUGUCAACUCGACUCACCACCUUCUUCCGUCUCCUGUGGGUGAGCUGGCUCCCGCAAUCCACGCCACUCUGGAUAUGUAUGGCGAGAUGGUAGACAUUGUUGUCUUCCACUCUGGCCAGGAGGAGGAUCCUGAAGAUCGCCGCCUUCAAAGCCAAUACCUGUCCAAGUUGAUGGGCUCAUCUCCUCGUCCGCUCAUCCUGUUGAGUUACCUGGUCACCAGGCCGCUCGAGGGUAACUACAACACCUACGUCAGCGACGUGAGCCAGAUGAAGGAUAUCGACCCCACUGAUUUGGACCGUUGGUGCGAGUAUGUUCUCUUCAAGAAGAUCCACCGCACCGGCUACGCCAGAAUCAGUCGGGACACAAUCACCGACACUGAGAUCCAGGUUGGCAAGUUCGUGGUUGGUGAACCUGAACCGGAGAAUGAGAUGCGCAUCCCCGAGGAGAUGGUGCCCGUUGGUCGCCGUUUCCCUGCCCUAUUCCGUGGAGAGGGUGUGCGUGGUCACCGGUACCAUGUGUUCGAUGAGCCCCGUUACUGGCAAUAA